CAUGGAAAUUAUGCAACGUUAUGAUUAUUCUGUUAUCAUUUCUACCCAACACUCGCACUCUUGACAUUACAAACAUCAUUGUGCCACCUUUCGUUGAUGUACGCGAUGUGGUCAUGCUUUCAUGUAGUUAUAACAUUGGCAACCAAAAGCUCAACUCAGUGAAAUGGUAUAAAAGUGACAAAGAAUUUUACAGAUAUUCGCCUCUAAUGUCGACAAAACAGAACAUGAUUUUCAAUGUUGAAGGCGUACAUGUCAGCUCUGAUCACGUGUGCAACGACAAGUUUUGCACAAUUCAUCUUGAUAAUUUGAGUAAUGACACUUCAGGCGCCUACCGUUGUGAGGUGUCUGGUGAUGCACCCGAGUUUAAGCUUUCACAUGAAACGAGCAAUAUGACAGUUGUCGCCCUUCCCCAACAUGAUCCGAAAAUAGAAGGCGUGGAGAAGAAUUAUUACGAGGGUGACUUUUUGUUCGGAAACUGCACUUCCGAUUUCUCUUUUCCCCCGCCAUAUCUUGCUUGGUACAUCAACGAUCAGAAAGCUGACAUGGCACUACUUCAGCCAUUUCACGAGUCAACAAUUGAAGCUUACGGCUUCAAAUUACACCAACGCAGUUUAGAGAUUCGCUUCCGGAUAGAUAAGAAAAUUAAUCCUUUCAUCACUGAUGGAAAAGUUCACAUGAAAUGCGUCUCUCAAAUUCCACAUAUCGCGUCACAAAUGAGAGAAUCAAAUCACAUUUUCUAUGUGUCAUCGUGGGAUGAGUUACGAAAUCAAAAGUUAAUUAAUUGGAAGAAUUCAGCCACGUUCCUGAAAUUUGAAUCAUCGAAAGUGUUGGUAAUACUUGCAAUUGUUGUCAGCCACAAAUUCUUGACGAAGAAGUUUAUGGUAAACAGUUGAUGUACUUAAGCUCUUAAAGAUGAAAGAGAAAAACAACAGAAACUUAUAAAAAAUUAUCUAC